CGCAUGACCGUAGGAGAGGGUGCGCACACAAUCAUUUACCUGUACGGCGCGCGCGGGUGACAGUCUGAGACAAGCACUGGUUCAAGAACAACCCUUGGCGCCGCAGUUGCUAUUACAGCACUGCAACACCCACUCACCUGAGCGCCCCACCCCCACGUGUCCCCCAGGCUAGCAAGUCACGCAGCGGCACAGUCGAGUUACGUUCGUAUGAUAGUUCGGACACCUGUUCUCUUAUAAUUUUUUGCCGACUGCCGUUAAUCGCGAUUCACGUACUAUUUUUAAUUCUGCAAGGGAAAUCCUCCACUCAAAUCAGCGCGUUCUCAUAAACACGUGUAUACAUUCAGAUACCUACUGCUUGUGUUGUGAAUGUGUGCUGUUAUUUUAGUAGUUACAAACGAGAUCUUCUCCCGUGAAUCGUGGAUACCACCUUCAACACCACGAAGAGAGGCCGGCAUCCUCUGGGAGGCAACGCGUCCCCACCGUCUGCCGCUACCCCACCGUUACUGAAGAGGGCGCGACACGAUUCCGAAUCGGGAACCACUGCUCUUAUUAAAGACGAUCAGGACAUGGAAGCACCCUUAUCUGUUACGUUGAGUCAAAGCAUGGAUUCAGUAAAUACUGGCACGCCAGAGGAGGAGGUGCGAACGUUGUUUGUGAGUGGGUUACCAAUGGACGCCAAACCUCGAGAACUGUAUCUAUUAUUUAGGGCUUAUGAGGGUUACGAGGGAUCACUACUAAAAGUAACCAGCAAAAACGGAAAAACUGCAUCGCCCGUCGGAUUUGUUACAUUCAAUACACGAGCCGGAGCGGAAGCAGCCAAGCAAGAUCUGCAGCAGGGCGUAAGGUUUGACCCCGACAUGCCUCAGACCAUUCGACUGGAGUUUGCUAAAAGUAACACCAAGGUUAGCAAGCCCAAACAGCAAGCUGCUAACGCCGCCAACACGCACCCAACUUUGAUGCACCCUCUCACUGGACACUUGGGAACUCCAUUCUUCCCCGGAGGACCAGAAUUAUGGCAUCAUCCGUUAGCUUAUUCAGCUGCAGCAGAACUACCUGGAGCGGCUCUUCAACAUGCUACACUAGUACAUCCUGCUCUCCAUCCUCAAGUCCCCCCGCCAUUAUCUCUGCCGCAUCCUACGGCGUUAACAUCCAUACAUGCAGCAUCACUACCGCACUUUUUACCUAGUCCAGCCUUGGCCUCGCCGGUGGGUUCGUCAUCUUCCCAGCCCGGCUUAGGCGUGAAUAACCCGCCUUGUUCUACACUGUUUGUGGCAAACUUGGGCCAGUUCGUGUCAGAACAUGAAUUAAAAGAAGUUUUCGGCAGCUUCCCUGGCUUCUGUCGCCUGCGCAUGCACAGCAAGGGUGGAUCCCCAGUGGCAUUUGUGGAAUACCAAGAUGUGCGCUACGCUGCACAGGUCAUGGCUGCUCUGCAAGGUUCCUUCCUUCUGUCCUCCGACCGCGGCGCCAUUCGUAUCGAGUAUGCCAAAACCAAAAUGGCUGCAGAGGGAACAAAAGGAGAAGAAAAUGGACAAUCUUAAUUCUUAUAUGCCUCUGAGUACUUGACAGCGAACGCUAAUUGUAGCUGGCGGACAUUGUUAGCCGUACGCCCAACUUACUGCUCACAGUAACCUAAUACUUACUCUUAGUUAACUGUUGUUAUGUGCUAAGGAUGCGGACAGUAUUUAUUUGAUAAAUACAGGUAUAUCAAUCAAUCUAAAGUUACUGGGGAAUAUUACAGGAUAAGCUUAUACCAAAGGUGCCCUAAAUGUUAUGUUUUAAAUUAUUUUAAUAACAAAUUGCGCAACAAACAUUUACAUUUUUACUGUAUGUGCUUGUUGUCGCUAACAGUAUUGUUUUUGUCGAGCUUUUUUUAGUAGAUAGAUGAUUCUAGUUACAAUUUUUAUAAAGUAAAUUAUUUCUUUUAAUAUAUUAAUUCAUAGCAAUAAACCAAACGCUGCUACUAUAAUUGACAUACUGGGAGUGUUCUAAAACUAUCUUGAUAUACAAAUACAAUUUAAAUUGAGAUAUUUCAAAUCAUAUAGCAAACUAUUCAGUGAGCGCGACAUUUAAUUAUUUUUGGUUCAUAUAUAGUGUGUAAAUAAACUCACUGACUUAUGAUAUAUACAGCAUUUACAAAAGUAUAGUUGAUGCUUUUUGCUUUUGUGAAUAAGAUUUAGAUUUCGACAUUUGUUAACUUGCAAUCAAAACCAAUAUAUUUGCAGGAAUUAGAUGUAUUACUUAGAAACAAAUUUUAGUAUGUAAUUCAAUUGAUAUAUACCUACUUACAUUUUAUUUUAAUAAUGUAUUAAUAUUUUGAAAAAGUGUAUGUACCUGUAAUGGAAUUCGUUUUUAUUUUAACUUUGAGAUUGUUGAAUGAAUUUUGACAAAGACUGCAUUCAUGUUACAGAUACCUAUUGAUUCACGUAGAUGGCGCCACAUAAAAAUUAUCUCAACCUAUAAUGUUUGAUUGAUAAUACCAUGCGAUCAAAAAUGAGUCACCUUUGGAAUGUUUGUUUACAUACCUACUUAACUUGAACUUCCAAAGGCGACUCGACGGCAACUCAUUUUUAAUCGCCCGUAUAAUAUUUGCAGUGUGCGUCGACUUACAUAAAUUUCAAUAAUUAUCAAUCAUCCAAUAAUGAAAUGUUACUAAUUUUGCUGCUAUUAAAAAUUGUCUAAUGUUCGAAAUGGAACAUGUACUAUGGUAGGUAUUUAAAAUUCAUCAUCAUUCUAUUGUUCAUAAUAUUGAAGGGACCAUAACUCGCUCUGUAUUCCUAUGAGACGUCAUUGGAAUGUAAACGAAUGAUAUACAAUGAUUUUUAAAAAUUUUCAAAAAAUUGUCACCAAGUUUGUAUGGUUACAUAUAGUACCAGUGCCCUUCGUCAAACUAUUUUCGCAUAGUUCCAAAUAUGCUUAAUUGAUAUUCAAUGUACAGGUACAUUCUACUUUUAAAAACCAAAGUUACGAUAAGUAGUAAAAAUUUUUGAAGUUUUUAGUUGUAAGUAGUACCUAAGUAAUAAUGACACAUUGUUUUUUCAUAUCCGUAUUUGAAAUUAUUUUUUAUAUAUUUAUAUAGUUUUACAUUUAUUAAUUUUUAACAUACAUUCAAAGUUGUAUGAUGUUAUAAUAUUGAUAAUUCUCUAUUACCUAGAUUAUAUUCAAAUAGUGUUGUAGUAGUGCUUUUUGUGUGACGUUUAUGUGAUAUAUCUAUUAUUAUCAUGUAAGUAUAAAUUUAGUAGCCGAUGUAAUAAUUUUGGCGUAAAACCAUCCAAGAUAGGGAAUCAUUUACUACUAGUUCUAUUUAUAUCAGGUAAUUGUAAAGUCAAUUAGGUCUUGAGAUUCAAGUAUUUAUUGAUAGAGUAGUACUGAUUUGAUAUCUUGGAUUAAUCUGAAAUGCAGAUAAUAGCAAUUCAACUACAUUGUUCAAUGAACCACAGUUAAGGAACGAUGUUCAACAAAUCUAAGGUUGAAUAAUGAAGAUGAAUUGUUCUGUGUUAUAUAAUCCGUCCAGUGCAUGUCAAAAUGGCAUGCCGCAGCUCAAAAAGAGCAUGGGUAGGGUGGGUGCGGAUCAGGGUGAUUUGCUGGGUCUGCGAUUUUUGGGAACUAUAGAAAACAUAUCAGCUUAAUUAAUUAAUAAAUCUAAUACCUGUUAUAUGCAAUCCGACCUUUGUAUGUUGUCUUGUAAAUGUGUUUUAAGAAAAUAGCAGAGUAUAUGUGUUUAAAUUAUAUGCUCUUGGUAUUGUGGAAAAAAAUUGGAAAAUGCUUUGGGCUAGGUUUGUUUAUAAGCCGUCGUUGCCCUAGCAUACAUUUUGUGAUAUAAAUAUAAUGUAUCAAUGGUAUAUAAACUAGCCACAACCGCCUUCUCUGCUUUAGAUAAGAUUAAUAAACACCACUUUCUAAACAUAUCAUGAUCUGUGCCCCAUGUUAAGUGACAUCUUAAAUUUUUAGCAAUUAAAUAAUGUAAUGAAGAUUUGAUAAUAUUUAAAAGUAUGACUUUACACUUAUGAUAUAAGACAAAAUGUAAUCUAUGAAAAUAACAGAUUACUUACAAUUUAUAUGGUUAUAAUUUAUUUCAGUAAAGUUUAAAGUUUGUAAAAUGCUGUGUAGUGUGUAUUUUGUACCCAGCAAGCAAUAGGUGGGGGCGAUAUCGCUCCUGUAACCUAGCCUUAGUAAAUUCUGUCAUAUUAAGACCUGGAAUGCAUAUCUUUACUAUAAGCGUUACUGUAAACUUAGUUUAAUGUAACAUGUGUUGAAUUGUUGGUUUAGAAAUCUAAGUACAACAGGAUUUUCUUGAUGGAAACUGGCAAGGAUCAGCCUUGCACCAGUCAUUGUUGAUUCUAGUCACAUAUUUGUAAUACCCACCCAACCAUCUUGCCCCUUAUUGUCUUGUUCAUGAACGAGCAUUCCAUACAAAUAUUACAUUUACUCAUACCUGACAACGUACUUAUUAGCUAUAAAUUGUAUAGGGUCCAAAAGAUGGGAAUAAAAUGUAUAUGAAAUA